AUGUAUCAUCUAGACGACGUCAAUUUCGUUACCAGCCCAGACCUCGAGGCGGAGAGCUCCUUUCCGGAGAGACAUUUCACGCUAUCCUACGACGACGAAAAGGACCCAGCUGUGGACAGUGUCCACGGCCAAUUGGCCGUAUCGAAACCUCAGCCUAUCGAGCCAGCAGCAACCUCUCUUUGGUCGGAGGGCUGGUCCAGCCGAAUCGAGCAAUUGCAUCAUCGCAACCUUCCUUCUCAGGCUGCCCCUUUUGUUGAAAACCCCCUUUCUACCCCCUCGUUUUCUCAGACAGCAUCCAGAGCGCAGGCAGAAUGCGAUCUGUUACGUCGACACUCCCUCGCAAGUCACUUUGGGCACUUCACGCAACAUGAUUUCUCCCUUGAGGAUGAGCUCGAUGGAAACCCACUCGCAAAUGACGGCUCAGACGGUUCGUCUCCUACUACCGCAGGAUGGCCCCUGAAUCAAAGGCCCCGGCGAAGGAGCCCGUAUCGAAUCACCAAGCCAUCACAAACCCUGAGGCCUGGUCAGCACUCACCCACCAGCAGGUUUCAUGUCCAAGAAUUCAAUCCUGCCUCGACGAGCAUCGACUGGCGUGAGUUAACAGAGGCAUUCCAGACCGCCCACGGCGGUAUGGGCACGGUUGCUCCAUAUGCCGCCUCGGACGUGACCGACGCCGACUUCUUCCUCCCACCGCAGGAAACGGGUUUUUCAUCGUCGCCGUCGAAUCAUAACAAUCAAAAAGCCGACUCGAAGCGUAUCGCCCACAAGCUUUCAGAGAAGUCCCGCCGGAACCGGCUCACAAUUGCGAUUCGCGAGAUCCAAAAGCUGUUACCCACGGAAAUGGACCGAGAUCGUGACUUUCUGGGAGACGGAUCCACCUUAGGCUCGAGGUCGGAGAGAGGACGCAGCGAGUGUGACUACGUUAUCCGUCCGGGUGUGCCAAGCAGCAAGCUGGAUGUGGUCGAAAUGGCUGUUGGCUUUAUCAAGGACCUGAAACAGAGGAAUAAAGACCUGGCUAGGAGAGCUCGCGAAGCAGAGAGUAAGCUGCAAAAGUGCCGUUGCCAGCAGGAACGGCAUGGAGAGAGGGGUGUGGAUGGACAAGGGGAGACGGGAUAA